ACCGCCGAGUGGACGUGCCUUGCUGGCGCGUAGCGCGACAAAAAAAUAAACCGUUCGAAUUUCAAAUAAUAUUGAGACAUUUCAGUUGUUUUUUUGAAAACAAAAAUUGUGCCUGUAUUUUUUUCGUUCCGAAUUUGUGUGUUCCAUUUUUUAAUUUGAUUUGCGAGUGUGCGGAUUGGCGAGGGGUCGUUUUCCCCGGGAGUAUUGCUAUAGCAACGAAUGACGUCAAGUUCACGGGCGGUUGGUGCAUUUUCGUUCGAUAAUGAAUAGUUUUCGGAAAAUCGGAUGCUAACAGAAUAGCGACUGAUUUGAUUUCGAAUCUUCUCGUCUCUACUAUUACGAAAUAUAGUGGGAAGCUGAGUGGUCGGAUGACCCCAAUGUGGUCAGGCAGCGGCGAGCACUCCACACCGACACCAUGAGUUUAAUGUCGUUCAUCAAGUUCGGCUACGCGCUAGUCGUGGUGACGCUCCUGCUCAUGAUAUGGGCCUCCCUGUCGAGAGCUCUCGAACUCCACGUAGACACCGGUCACCCAUCAUGCCUCUUCCAAGCGCUGUGUACCUGCUCCAAGCCAGCGGGCGAUCUGGGCAUAGUGACCUGCCGUCAUGUACCCCUGCUGAGGGUGCCUGCUACCCUGAACAGCUCCAAGGUCUUCACUCUUCAGCUCACGGGGAACAGGAUAAGGGAAUUGGAACCGAAGUUCUUUCAAGCUACAGGAAUGUACAGGCUAGCAAUAAACCAGAACCCCCUGGAGACGAUCCACGAGGACGCCUUCUACGGGCUGGAGACGACGCUGUGGGAGCUGGAGCUGAGGUACGACGGGCUCACGACGGUGCCCAGCAAGUCGCUCAGGAACCUCGGGAAGCUCAGGCUUUUGGAUUUAACUGGUAACGAAAUAACAGACAUAUCUAGCAACGACUGGAGCCUGGGCACGCUACAGACCCUGAUCCUAGCAGACAAUUCGAUAGCCAACCUGCCCAUCGAUGCGUUCUCCAGUCUUCUCAUGCUGGAAACGCUCGACCUUCGAGGGAACCACCUGGCGUCAGUCGACGGAGGCGUGUUUAGAGACGGCAUGAACAGGCUCAACAAGUUGCUACUUGGCGACAAUCAGCUGACCUUCAUUCCCUACGAGGAAGUAUCGCCUCUAAGGCAACUUCGAGUGCUGGACCUGUCAAACAACGUGAUCAAACAAGUGCCUCCAGUGCACGAGACUCCCACCAGGCUGUCUCUGGAUAUACUGAAGUUGGACAACAAUGUCAUUACAGAACUUCACCCAGGAUCUUUCAAAAACUUUCAAGUAUUAAAUUCCACUUCUUUGGAUGGGAAUCCAAUUCAUGUUCUAAGGGAAGAUGCAUUUCGCAAUGCCAAAAUCAAGAUCCUCUCUCUCCGCGACUGUGGCAUCUGGGACCUGUCUCCCGCAGCGUUCGCUGGCCUGGAGAACAGUCUGCAGAGCCUGGACUUGUCCGAGAACAACCUGACAAUGAUAUCCAAGUUCAUGCUGAACAAACUCGACUCGUUGAGGUUCUUGAACCUGAGAGAGAACAAGGUUGAUAUCAACACCUUGGCGACUAAUACCCCCACCGAGUACGAAGUGACGUCAUACAACAACUUCCAACACAAGCUGUUCUCUUUGGACGUCAGUGGCGCCUCCUCGAUAGAGAUGAGCUUACAAGAUGUGAGAAGAAUGCGCUCCCUCCGAUACCUAUCAGUAGGCAAGUUGAUCAGAAAGAGCAUACGAGCUGAAGACUUCCUCGACUUCGGUGUGGACCUGGAAGACCUGAAGGUGUACGGGAGCACCAUCAACCGCAUAGAGUCGAGUGCCUUCCAGCAUGUCCGGACUAUCAAGACCUUGGACUUGUCGGAGAACGAGAUUGACUUCAUUGAUCCGUUCGCUUUUGCUGAGCUACACAGCCUCACAACUUUAAAAUUGGCUAACGGUCUAGCGGAAACAGUAAAGAUUCUACCUUUCGAGCCUUUAAAAGCUCUCAUAGAGCUACAACAUUUGGACCUCAGCAACAACAAGCUAAAGAACGUUCCUGACACCUCCUUCCACUUCUUGUACAAGUUGAAGUCUCUGAACCUUCAGGACAAUGCUAUUGACCACUUUUCCAAAGGAACACUUCAGGGUGACAUUCACCACCAGCUACAAAGCAUUUGUUUAUCCCUGAACCAAAUGAACCAAAUAGUUCAACACACGUUUGUGGAGCUGAAAGAACUACAAGAAAUCCUAAUAGAAGACAACUUGAUAGAAUCGAUUCAGAGGCGAGCAUUUACCAGCUUGGACAAUGUGAAAGUGAUCAAACUGAAAGGGAACAGAAUUUACGAGAUCUUUGAUGAAGCCUUCCAGAAUAUUCCGGCUUUAAAUGAAUUGGACAUCUCGUUCAACCAACUGAACACAUUUAGAUUCUCAAUCUUCGACCAAGUCGGUUCGGCUGCUGCUCUCAAAGUAAACGUUUCCCAUAACAGAAUGGUUUCCCUGAGGGACUCUAAUGCACACAGUUUCCUAUACAGCUCUGAGUUUUACCAACCGAAAGUGCAAAGAUUAGUCACUGAAGAAACACCUCUUGAGCCAGAAGGAUUAGUAUCUGAGGAUGAACCUCACGUAACUGAAGGCCUAAUAUCUGACGAAGAUAUUUCUAUGGCAGAAGGUCUCGGGAUAGUAUCUGUAAACAUCAGAGUGAUGGAUUUCUCUCACAACAAUAUAUCUGAAAUCGCUCCUUAUUACUUCAGACAUGCAGAUUUUACUCUGGCCGAAUUGUACCUCUCUCACAACCUGUUAAGAAAUAUUACAAGGGAUGUGUUCGGUUCUUUGGCAGCCCUACAGUAUUUGGACCUUUCGCAUAAUCAGAUCUAUCACAUGGAAUACGAUUGCUUUGCUCGAGCCAAAGCAUUACAGAUAAUAGAUUUAUCCCACAACUACUUGACUGAACUACCCGUGCAAGUUUUCCACGAGAUGCCAUCUUUGAUUUCUUUGGACCUCUCAAACAACCGCAUUAGAAAUUUGGCAGAUAAUCUGAUUGUUUCGCCCCUUUUGGAGAGACUUGAUCUCUCCAACAACUACCUAUCGCGGGUGCCCACCAACUGCUUAUCCCCGUCCACCGCAGCUAACCUCGUGGAGCUAGACUUGAGUGGUAACACCAUCCCAGCCAUCUCCAUGGCUGACUUCGUCCAAAGAUACCGGACUGACCAGAGCGACUGGCAGGAGGAGCCGGACUACAGCGAGGAGUACAUGUACCAUACUGCACGACGGGACCACACGAGGGUGUACCACCAAAAAAAACAGUACCACCAGAACUCGCUGUAUAAGUCUUUAUUGAGCCUGGACCUCUCCGACAACCAUUUGGUCCGAAUCGAAGGCAACACUUUCUCGGUGCUGCCCAAGCUGCGCUGGUUGGACCUCAGCAACAACUCGCCUUUCAACAGUGGGGAGCGAGGAGUGAGCGUCUUCAAGGGUCUGGAGAGGAGACUCUUCCAUUUGGGACUGAAGAACGUCAGCCUUACCACUGUGCCAUCCAUGCUUCUAACAAAAUUGAAGAGCUUGGAUCUGUCUUACAACAAUCUUCCAACGAUCCCGUUGGAUACCACAGCCAACCUAACCGGUUUGAGGAAAAUUGAUCUGUCAUACAACGACCUAACCACAGUGCCAGUGGCUGUACAAUCUCUCAACGACUUACGAUGGCUAUCACUAUCUGGCAAUCCCGUCACGGCUCUCAUGAACAACAGCCUCUAUGGAGUAUCAUCACGGCUGGAAUACCUCGACGUGACCAAGCUGAAGUUAAGAAUUCUGGAGCAUGGAGUAUUCGGCAAGAUGUACGCUCUACGAACCCUAAAGAUUUCAACCUCCCCCGAUUUAAGAGAAUUCAACGUCCCCCGAAUGCUGGCUUAUAACGCGGCGUUGGAAAACUUAUACGUAGACGUGGAGUACAGUCCAGAGUUUGGACAGCAGAUGAGCGCGGCGUUACCUUGCAAGCUCAACAACAUCACCAUUACUGGACGAUCUUUGGUGUCGCUAGCUCCUUAUCUGUUGUUUGGUGUUCACUCUAAAGUGCUACGGCUUACGGUCUUCAACACGAGUAUAGAAGAAAUCGAGAGUCAGACCUUCUGGAAGCCAGGUCGCAUCAGAAACUUGACCCUGGACCUUCGCUCCAACUACAUAACGAAGGUCUCUAACCCCGCCCAGAAAGACUGGCCUGGGGUGCCCAACAAUAUGUUCCUCCAUGACAUAUUAAUAUCAGGGAACCCCCUGAUUUGUGAUUGUGGAAUUGGAUGGAUAGAAGCAUGGGACAGGAAACGAAGACAGUACUUAUGUAACAGUCCAUUUAACUGCGUCGCAACUAGAGACGACGUCAGGUUUGCGUCAUGCCCGCUAAAUGAUAACAGAACUCUCGUUGAUGUUAUGCAAAGAGACCUGGACUGCAGUUAUAACAAAGGAUUUUUCAGUUCACCCAACUUGUACAUUAUUAUAGGAAUGUCGUUUUUAACGUACCUGUACAUUUGAGGGUUGUUUUGGAUGCUUGGGGUUUACGAAGAGUUCUACCGAAUUUUAGCAAGAGUGUACCAAUUUUAGACGAUUUUCGAGGAUUUAUGAUCCUAUUGGGUUUAUGAAUUGAAAAUUGGUGCCAUCUUGUUCAUACAUGUAUACUGAUGUGUACAGGUGUAAAUAGACCAGUCAAAAAUAGAGUAUCAUCUGAUAAAUAACGCCAAGUAAGGAGUGAGAUUAUCGGAAUGGAAUAUUAAGUAUUGUACCUGUUUAAGUGGCCUAAACUGCAUUCAAAAAUCUCUUGAGGUAUACCUUAAAGCCAAGUCAUAGUGGUAGUGAUGGACAAAGUUGCCCAAAGGCAUCAAGUGAGGAUAUGCAAGAAUCAGUGACUUUUAUAUUAAGUGGUUGAGUAAUCUAGUGAAGCCUACUAAAUUGUGAUUUACCGUUUAAAUGGAGGAGAGUGAUCUCAAGGGAUUGAUUCUAGAAACGUUUUAAAUAUUUUAAUAAUUUUAUUCCGUAAUGUUUGUUAUUGGUUUCGCGUGUGUAGAUUUAAGGUUUAUUUUAUACGCGUUUCGUGCACAGCCUUUUGUGUUUUUUCUUAUUUAUGAAAAAUAAAGUCCAAAGGUGCGUCGAUCGAUCAUCAUUAGUGUGGAAGUGCACUUAAAUGUGUCUUAGGUGUUGCAUUUACGUCAGUGUUAAGAUAAGUUCACAUGAAAGCAAUGACUUAAUUACGAUAAAAGUCUAUUUAGUUAGACUGUCGCUCGAAUGAUGUGUUCGUCCAUUUAAGGUUAAUAAUGUUAUUUAUAGGAUAUUUGUUUGUCUUAUAGAAAUCUAGAUGUAAAUUUACAACAUCAUCUUAACGAUUCUGUAUUUUUAUCCUUACUUUCUUCGUCUUUUCUCGUCGCCUUUAUUAGUAAUCAUUAAUAGAACCUAUUUAGAGUCACACAUUGUCCGAUUUUGUCAGGUAAUCAGGUCUAAUGGCCACGCCCAUAUCUUAUGGCUCUCUAAAGUUCGCAGUUGGAAAAGGACCGGCUUUUUGACUGAAGUUCAACGUCAAUUCGAACGAAAACUGAAUAUUAUCAUCAAAAAUCUAACAAUGUGUUGGUAUACAAAAUUAGUAUCAAAAAAUGUACAAAAAAGUUUUCCAUUCCAGAUAUCACACUAAUAAUGGUUAACUUUAUGACGCUUGAUCCUAUUUACUAAUUAGGCUCUAAUAUUUUCAUUGUUUAGCUGUUUACAAAUUCUAUCUGGUUAACUCGUUGAAAACAUAUUUUAUUACAUAUAUCUAUUGAUGUGUCAGUAGCUGUUUCUAUCUACAAAGCAUGCUGUAUCAUAUACAUUGUCAUUGUACGUAUAAAUUAGGAAUUUAUUGACUGAAUUUAAGUAUUUCAGAGCUAUUUCGCUGGUAUACUUAUUAUAAGAGUUGUUUGUAUUGUAUGGUAUCCGAAGUGGCUUAUUUAAAUUAUAUUUUAUUGAGUGCUUCUGCAAUAGUUUUUUCUGUUUUUUAUUUUUGCGAACGGACAACUACAAUCUCACCUUUUGGUGUUCAAAUAAAAAUGACUGUUACUUUGUGAACAUUAAGGUUUUUUUAAGCAAUAUUAUGUAGUCGUACGAUGUGGUUCGCAAGAUCUUUUAACACUUUUGCACGCUAGCUGUUUUUAUAUUUUAAUCGUUUUGUUUCGGAACAAUAUGCAUGUUGUAGCUUGAAGUUAUUAUCUAAUGAGUAAAUUCAAUUACCUCUUCUUCAGUGGUCCAGUUCGAUUGUGGUAGCAGGCCUACAAGUUCACUUUUGUUUUCAAUGUCAUAGGUAUGAUGCAAUCCACUUAUAUCGGCUACAGUUACUAUAUUACAAGUUCCAAGUUUGACAUUGAAAACGAAAGGAUGUCGUUGAAACAAUGAAUAUAUUUUGUGAUAUAAUAUUACUCUAAUCCUUCUAUUUUUGAUAAAGCCUACAAUGAGUAUUGCUGACCUGAACGGGAAUUGUAUAGCAAAUUAUCACUAAACUAAUACAGCUUCUAUAACGUAGCUUACAGUAUCGCAGUCAAUUGAACGAUCAUAAAUAGAAUUUAACUAAACCGUUGUAUAAAAUAACUGUUACGCAGAUUUUCCAUUUCUAUAGCUAUUUCAAGUUAUAGGUCUAUAGAUUUAAUAGAUGCUUGUUAAUGUUUCAUAAUAAGAAAGUCUCAUUAAAUUUACCUUCUUUAAUACCUUCAAGAAUAUCUGUAUUUUUGGUAAGAUACACAAGAGUAGUGACUUGCCUUUCUACUUACAAUAUUUCAGUGAGUGUAAGUAUUCAAGAAUCAGUUACUUGCAUAGGUUAAAGGGAUGUUCCUAAAUUGGUUAAAGGUGUACCGUGUUAACGACGAAUAUUUACAGGUUUCUUAUCAACUGUUUGUUAGUUUUGAGUCUAGUUUAGCAAUACUUUUUUGGGUUAGUUGGUGAUUGAUUACUUGAGAACCUACGCUCAUUAUUUGUCUACUGUCUCAGUAAUGUAUAGUUCUUGUACGACCUAUAAAUUGAAUCUUAAGAUAGACUAACUCCUCAGCAAGGUCCUAUUGUGAUAGACAUAGCAAGUGCCAAUGAAUGGAUUAUUUACAUAACCAAUAUCCAUAUUAAAUAUCUAUACAAAUACAUUUAAAAAUAUUUUACUUUGCAACUGCUUUCGAUAUUUAAAAUUUGUUUAAAAUUAAAAUAAAUCAAUAUCAUGUUUGAAAUUAAAUUGUUUAUCGUUGUUGUCAUAAUUUAUGUUGUCAUGUUAAAUUACGAUUAAAAUAACAUUCGGUCCAAAUAUAA